AUGGGGAAGUCUCUUCUUUCUGGUCUAUCAAGUGCAUUGAAUGGCCCACAAUUUGAAUCAAAGAGGAUGGGUCAAGGAGAAGUUCAGGAGUUCUUGAGAGAUAGAACCAAAUGGGUUGUGGUGGUGUCAGAAUUUGCACCUAUUUGUAUCUAUUUAGUGAUCAGCUUACUAGUUUCUUUGAUCUCACUCAAUGUUCCUUUUCCAUUUUCUUCCAAUAGUUCAACCUGUCCAAAAAAAUUGUUGGCCUAUGAAUGUGGUUUAGAUCUUUCUAGUGAUGCCAAAAAUCGUUUUGAUAUACAAUUUUAUCUUGUUUCCAUUUUAUUUAUUAUCCUUGAUACAGAAGUAACCUUUUCCUUUCCUUGGGCAGUACCUCUCAACAAGAUUGAUCUAUUUGGAUCUUGGUCCAUGAUGGCCUUUUUAUUCAUUUUGACGAUUGGAUUUCUCUAUGAAUGGAAAAAGGGUACUUCGGAUUGGGAGUAA